CAGCUUGCAUUCGAUCGAUCGCUUGCAGGAUCAGCUUGCAUUCCAACCCAAAAACCUAAGCUCCCACACUACAACACUCCGCACACGCAUACGAACUGCAUCGAUCUUAAUUUUUAGCUAGGCACCAGAUUGUUGAUCGAGAUCUAGAUUCUAGAUCGACGAGCGAGCGAGGGUUUAGCGAGGUUCCUGAUUGUCGUCUAGCUACAUACAGCCUGUCGUCAGAUUGUUUGCAGGUGGUCUAAGGCCCGCCGCCGGCGCCAUGAUCCCGGGGUCGGCCGUGUACCACGUCGUGGAGGCGAUGGCGCCGCUGUACACGGCGGCGGUGCUGGGCUACGCGUCCGUGCGGUGGCUCAAGGCCUUCUCCGACGAGCAGUGCGCGGGGAUCAACCACUUCGUCGCGCUCUACGCCGUGCCGGUCCUCAUCUUCCACAUGGUCUCCACCAACGACCCCUACCACAUGAACGAGCGCCUCAUCGCCGCCGACACGCUGCAGAAGGCCAUCAUGCUGCUCGCCCUCACGGCCUGGGCCUUCUGGUCCCACUUCCGCGGCCGCCGCGGCGGCGGCAAGGACGGGGCGUCGGCGUCGCCGAUCAAGUGGGUGGUCACCAACUUCUCUGUCGCGUCGCUGCCCAACACCAUCAUCAUGGGCGUGCCGCUCCUCGACGGCAUGUACGGGUCCGUGUCCGGGGGCCUCAUGAAGCAGAUCGUCGUCAUGCAGUUCUGCAUCUGGUACAACGUCGUCAUCUUCCUCUACGAGUUCAUGGCGGCGCGGGACAGCAGCGCCAAGAUCAGCCCCGUGUCGGUGGCGGCGGCGGCGGCCGAGAACCGCGAUCGUAUCGGCGAGAACGGCGGAAGCAUUCGUGCCGAGGGUAGUCAGCACCAGGUGGUCGUCAACAUUGAGAUCACCGAGGUGGCGGCGGCGGCGGCUGCGUCGCCCACGGCACCGGACAGCGCGGCCGAAGAGGCGGCGGCGGCGGUCGCGAAGGAGAUGACAGCAGAUGCAGAUGCUAAUAAUAAUAAGGUCGCCGGGGAGGCGCCGGCCCAGCAGGUGCCGCCGGUGAUGCACAUCGUAUGGAUGGCGGUGAAGAAGCUUCUCCAGAUUCCCAACACCUACGCGAGCUUCCUUGGCCUCAUCUGGUCUCUCAUGGCAUUCAAGAUUGGAUUCUCGAUGCCGAAAAUUGUUGACGACUCCCUGUUCAUCAUCUACACAACCGCCGUUGGGUUGAGCAUGUUCGCUUCAGGGACAUUCAUUGCGCGGCAGUCACGGUUCGUGCCGUGCGGGUACACGAUCGCGUCGCUGUCCAUGGUCCUCAAGUUCCUGAUCGGCCCGGUGCUCAUGCUGCUCGUCUCGCUCGCCAUCGGAAUGCACGGCACCCUUCUGCACAUUGCUGUUGUACAGGCGGCGCUCCCCCUGGCCGUGACCUCGUUCGUGUACGCGGAGGAGUACAAGGUCCACGCCGACAUCAUGAGCACAGGGGUCAUUCUCGGGAUAUUCAUCUCGCUGCCGGUCACGAUUGUGUACUACAUACUGCUGGGGCUGUGAUCAAGGAGAAAGGUUGUGCUGCACAUGGGGAGAUAGGUACAGAUUGAGUCAGCGCGCACCCGGGGAUUGGAUAGGUCGACCGGCGAUUACUGGCUGAGAAGAUUUAGGCGCGACGGCGCAGGGGAAACGCAAUUACCUGCGCUGUCAAAAAAUAAGAGCGGUCGACACGAUGAGUAGCACGCGGUAGAUGGCAGCUUAUGUGUCGAAACAUUUCUUCAGUGUACAGCGAGAAACGGAAACUAGCUCAUGUCAAUUUUGUUUU